UUCCCGAUCUGCCGGUUCGCUAGGAAUCAGACGGCUAGGGUUCUCGUGUCCUCGGUCGAAGAGCCGAACGGGGGAACGGGACGACUCCUCUCAUCCGCCGCUUCCAGGAAGAACCGCUUCUCCUCCUCCGUCGCUGCUGUCUCCCCUUCAACCACAGCUUGUGGCCUGGGAAAGGUGAGAUCCCUCUCCUAACUUUUUGAUGGAUUAAUUUAUCUCCCCGUCCGCCCGCUCCGCUACAACCGCCCUCUGCCGCCAUGAUUCUAUCUCCUCGAUCCCGCCUCCCCGGUUCGCAUGUACUCCGCGACGCUUGCCGCCCGCCAGAGACUCCCGGCCGCCGCCAGCUCCCUCUGCGAUAAGCUUCUUUGGUAACAGCAGCGGCGCUCCUCUGGCAGCGCGCUUAGGGUUCCGGCAGCGCGGCGGCGAUAAGCUUCUUUUGUAAUGCCGCUGCCAAUUCCUCCUUGUCGAAUUACUCGAAGAUUUGUGCUUCUGUUCCUAUGUUUGUUCCCCGGAUUCGGUUCGCCUGCCUUUCUUGCUUUCGCUUCUCGGAAAGGUCGGAUUUCUUGUGAUUUGUAUUUAAUCUGAUGGUUGCGGUUUGUGCCAUUGGCGAUUGGAGGAGGACGUAGGGUUGGAUUUCGAUCCUUCUCCCUCCGAUGCCUCUAUCUUUGCUCCUUUUUUUUAAAUUUUUUGGCUCGAUUUUUUCGUGUUUUCAUGGCUUUUCGCUCCGUGGGCGCCAUCUUCUGGUCCUUCGCGGGCUGAACAGUACCAACGCGUGCGGCAGCGGCGGCAGAGGGAGACGGGGUGGCGACGCCGCCAAAGGGAGGGUUGAAGUUGAAGGAGAUGGGAAGUUUCGACAUUAAUGGCGGUGGUGGAGGUGCGAAGAAACCAGACUCGAAACCGAAAUAGGAUCGGAGGGAGAUGUGAAACGUUUGUUGCUAUAUAUAUGUUUGUGUGUAUAUGUAUUAGAUUCAGUUAGGUCUGAGUUACGAUAUAUAUUGAUCAUGGACCGUUGGACUUAGAUCCAACGGUCAUUGGUUUGGUUCGCUAAGCCACCUCGUGUUGUCUUUUUCCCAUGCUACCUCUGACUCUUCUCCGCUGACUUCAGUUUCUAGUGCUGUUCUUCUCCUUUGCCGUUCCGCGUUCUGGGGUUUUAGCGAAGCGCCAUCACUUGAUCGCCGAGUAAUUUGAUAAUGGAAAGAGUCGGAGAGAAGUCUCGCAAAGAGAAGAGGAAAGAAGCUCGAUUGGCGAAGCAGAAGAACCGAUUCCUCUCGUGGGUUCACCACCAGGGAGGUAAAACGAAGAAGAAAGCAUCCUUGGAUUCGAAACCACAAACUGAAGAUGUGGUUUUGGAGAAGAAAUCCAAGAAGAAGUUAGAAUCUUUGAAGAAGAGGAAGGGGGGUUCAGAGGGUAAAUUGAAGACCAAAUUCCAAGAGUUUUUGGAGAUGGAGACGGGGAAGGGUAUGGUUAGUGCUGAAGAUGAUCUGGAAAUGGAGAGGAGGCUGGCGAAGAAGCUCAAGGUGAAGAAUGGGAAGCUACGUGGUCCUGAUGACGAAUUAAAUAUACUUUUAGAGGGGGCCCCAUCAUUUCCGGACUCCAUGGUAGGCGACGACACAGAUAUAGAUGAUGAAGCAGAAGAAGAUUAUGGUAAUGGAAAGGAGAGUGUGUCAGAUUGUGGUAAUGGAAAGGAGAGUGUGUUAACAGGCAAGAAGAAGCACAAGAGAAAGAAGUCAUCUGUCUCCUCACUGAAGCAGCUAGAGGGUGAGGUUGCUGUGGAAGUGCCGAUGGAGGAUACUGAGAUGGAUAGUGGGGAUGCUGAGCAGCUUGAUACAUCUGAUGAAAAAGAACCACAUGUGGAAGAAACUGCAGUUGAUUCACGCGUGAAGUAUGUGGCUCCUCACUUGCGAGCUCAAGCAAAUGCGGAAUCAGAAGAGCUCUCUCAGGUUCGUCGUAGAGUGAGAGGACUUCUGAAUAGGCUUUCUGAAUCAAAUGUGGAGUCAAUUACAGAAGAAAUGGCUACACUCUUUCGAUCAGUUUCUCGCAGUGUUGGUUGCCAAAUAAUUGGACAGGAGAUUGUAGCAUCUUGUUCUGGAGGGCCUCGUAGCAAUGAACAGUAUGCUGCUGUUUUUGCAACUUUUGUUGCAGGUUUGGCAUGCUUAGUUGGGAUUGAUUUCAGUGCGAAGCUCCUUUCUUCUCUUGCUAAAUCAUUUGAGGAUGAAUACUUGAAGGAGGAUGGCCUAUCUUUGCGUAAUCUUACAUUACUACUGUCAUAUAUGUGCAUCUUUGAUGUUUGUGCCAGCGAUCUCAUAUAUGAUCUCCUCUCCAUGUUGACAAAGCGCUUGACAGAGUUGGAUGUGUCCACUAUCUUGACAAUUCUACAAUGUUGUGGGAUGAAGCUGAGGAGUGAUGAUCCCACUGCUAUGAAAGAUUUCGUCCUUGGAAUUCAGAAUAGAGUGAAUGAGCUGAAAUCUCUCUCUGAGAGAAAAGAAAAUGGGAAAUCAAAUAUAAACAGUAAAAGAAUGGAAUUCAUGCUUGAGACGAUAUGUGAUAUAAAAAACAACAAGAAAAGGCCAAACGAAGCUACUGCUCAUCAUAUACGGAUGAAAAAAUGGCUACAAAAGUUAAGAGCAGAGGAUGUUGUCCUCCGUGGGCUCAAAUGGAGCAAAUUGCUUGAUCCUGAUAAGAAAGGUCAAUGGUGGUUGUCAGGAGAUGUUGCACCCUCAACAGAUAAUGUUGAAGACGUGGCAAUGACAAUUAACAAAGAAGUUCUAGAGGCACAAAAGUUGGUACAUCUCGCGGCUGCACAAAGGAUGAACACUGACUUAAGGAGAGCAAUUUUUUGUAUUAUCAUGAGUGGGGAAGAUUAUAUAGAUGCUUUUGAGAAGCUUCUGAGGCUGGAUUUAUCUGGGAAGCAGGAUAGAGAAAUAAUGAGGGUACUUGUUGAUUGCUGUUUGCAAGAAAAGGUGUUUAACAAGUAUUACACUGUCUUGGCUUCCAAAUUAUGUAGCCAUGACAAAAAUCACAAGUUCAGCUUGCAGUAUUGCUUAUGGGAUCACUUCAAGGAACUCGAAUCAAUGGAGUUAAACCGCUCCAUGAACCUUGCAAAAUUUGUUGCAGAGAUGCUUUCCACCUUCUUGCUCUCCCUGGCUAUUUUGAAGACUGUAGAUCUGACAAACCCUGCACAGCUGACACCUAAAAGGAUCAUGCAUCUCCGAAUGCUCUUUGAGGCUGUUUUUGAGAACUCCGAUGCCCUUGUCUGGAACAUCUUCACUCGUAUAGCUGGACUCCCGGAGCUUGAAAUGCUGCGGAGCAGCCUUGUGUUCUUCAUCAAGCAGUAUGUUGUUGCUGCAAACUCGGGAAAAUCCAUUGCUGGCAAAUUCAAGAUUGCGAAGAAAGCACUUGAUAAUGUGGCUGGGGUCCUCAUGUAAUUUUUUUCAAGUUAGGUUGACUGUUCUCUCUUCCUUUUCCUCUUCGUUGGUGUGUUUAGUUGUUCCAAUUUUGAUUUUCCUGAGAGGCUAUGCAAGUCAACUUGCAUGAGUGCUGCUGAUUGCCGCCGAACAGUUUCAGUGUAACAGAUGACUGUAGGAAGGAAAUUUCUGAAGAUUUUAGCUGUGGCUACGGAAGAUUUGCUAUGCAUGCAAA